AACGAUGACGUUCUCGGGUCAAGUUUGUCCCUAUAUGUAGUUAGUGCCAGCAACACUGGCAAUUUUCCAUCAGCUGGCAAGAUGGCCGACUGCAAGGAAAAAAUCUUGCACUACGGUAAACGACUAGAGAAAAAUCAGAGCGAUGAAAAGGUUUUGGAAACUCUGCGGAAACUUCAGAAAGUGCCCAUGACAUUAAACCUACUGCAGGACACUGGCAUUGGACGAACUGUGAACCAUUUGAAGAAAAACAGCGGCGUUAUUGGAGAGUUGGCCCGGGCUAUCAUCAGCUCAUGGAAACAGGUGGUCUCGGACUCCACGGCCGAAUACCCCGAACAGCAGCAGCAGCAGCCACCUCCGCCAGCGUCAUCAAAAAGGCACCAUGAGGGCAAACAAGAUGGACCGCCAGCCAAGACUAGCCGGACAUCAAAGCCGUACUCUAUUGAAGUUGAGACAUCUAGCCCCGUCGAAAAUGCUUCUACGCACUCCCGGCACAGACAGAAUGGGGACAGCCACCAAAACAACAGACACCACCAUGACCACCACCACCACCAGAACUCAUCGCGACAUCAUCACAGGGAAGAGCGGGCAGCUACACCGCCGCCACCACCACCACCAUCAAAGGUCGAGCCACCUCCAAAAAAGAGUGCGGAAAAGAAGGCGGACAAGAAACAGAUGAAGAAGCUCCUCAAGAAGGCUGGCCACAGUGAAGGGGGCCUAGACGGCUCCAUAGCCUCUUUCGAGGCUUGUCUCGGCCUCAACGACACAGUGCCCCUGCCCAAGCCCAAGAAAAAGCCCCCGCUCGUCAGUCCUUCCAAGAAGCAACAGCCAUCCAGGGUUGAGCCCGCGAAGGAGGCGACCAAGCAACACUCUUCCAAGGGCGCUGAAUCGUCUCGUUCAAAAAACGGUGAGAGCGGUAGCGGCGGCGGCCACAGCAGCAGCGGCAGCAGGAGCAGCAAACAUUCAAACAAAAAGGAGCAGCUCAUGCCUGAGGCUCUGCGAAAGCCCGACUUGGCUCCCUUAGACAGGGACGAAGUAUCGUCAAUGCUGCCAGAGAUACAGCCCGUAUACAAGCCUCUGCCCCACAGGUUAUUUGACGAACCACCGUCAAAACCACCCAAGAAAAACUUAACAAAUGAGGAAGCCAUCAUCUUCACGUCUUCACGGAAGGACAGAACACAAGUCUACUCCGGCCGACGAAACUGUUUUCUGCCCGAGGUUCCCACUCUGCACGAAGCCUGUCUCAAAGUGCUUAUAGAAAACAUCGAAGGUAUGGCAUACACAGGAGGUGUUCCAUAUGACAUCCUCAAGCCUGUUUUGGAGAGGUGUACCCCCAAGCAACUGUACACUCUUGAAGACUACAACCCAUACCUGCUCGAUGACACCGAUGAACUAUGGCAGGCACACUGUACUCGGGAAUUCAAAAGCAGUUGUCCAGACGCUGGAGAGACGUGGAGGGAGUUGUACCUGAAAAAAUUUGAUGAACGGGAAGAAAAGUUCAAGUCAUUGACAGCCACGAUCACUGCUUCCAUGGCAAAGGCUACACCAGUGCGUCAGACCAAGCUGGCUUACGUCGACACAGUGGCCAAGCCUCCUCGUAAUGUUGCCAGGCAACAGGCCAAACACGGCACGGGUUUGCUGUCGGCCGUUCCAGUCAGGCCUUCCGACCGUCUGUCGUCUCGGCCCGUGUCCUCCCCGAGUGCCAGUGCUAGCGUCAGUCGGCCACCCGCAGCUCCACCGGCAAUACCUAAGAAACCAAAGGUUGCACCUUUAAUGCAGAAGACCCUCAAGUUUAUGAAGCAGCGCUUCAAGAGGUAGUGACGAUUCCUGCGACAUUUACCUUGUACAGAACGAGAGAGAAAUACAGGACGUAACUGCACCUGAUGAUGAUGAUGAGACGUGCAAAGCAGGACGACGUUGGUCUCAUCUCAUCACCAACCUUGUAAAGGGAAUGUUUGUAAAAAGUGCAGGAGUGUUAUUUAACAGGACGUAGCAUCCACCCACUAAAGCUCCAACAGAGGUGUGCAAAGCACACAUCUGGAACAUGAUUCUUUGUUGCGCAUACAUUCGCUGCCAUCAGUUUCGCAAAGUGUGUAGCACUGGAGCACUUCACGCUUUUGUUAUUACUGUUUUUCGCCCGAGAAUAGUAGCUUUUAUUAUUGUGAAGGCCAGGUCAUGUUACGAGGCCGUGCCCGUUCAAUAUGACGGCAGUUUGCGCAUCGUUUCGAAAUGGCCAACUUUAAUGCUAUGUAAAUAAGCCCAACAUCUGCAUUGUGUACACUAGACAAAUCUUUGUGCUGCUGUCUUGUACAAGGCUAGAUUGUGAACCUCUUUUUUUUUUUUGUGAUGAAGCGUUCACUUCUGAUCUUUUAACCGUCAUCACCUCUCCUGCAGCUCUUCUUUAGCAGAAGUUUGUAAGGCUUCCAGAAAAAAAUCAAGUGUUCACCUGUUUAGAGUAUUUUCUUUCAAACCCAGCUCUUUUUGUGUGUAUGUCUGCAUAGAUGUGUAUGGUGUAUUGAUGUGUCUGAUAUGCUAAAAAGAAUGCAUGAAAUAAACUACAAUGUGGCUCUG